UUACAUAUCCUUAUCCUUCUUCUUGCACGCACAGAAAUUCUACAGCAAAUAAACAAGGAAUCUAGACAAGAUAAACAGAGCUGUUUGUAUAAUUCGGAAUUGGCGGCCAUGUUCGGCGAAAACAAUAGUAGGUGGACGAUCGACGGUGAUCAAUUCUCGGCAUGGACGAGGAUAGAUGACAAGAUGUUCGAGCAGGCGUUAGUUAUGUUUCCAGAGGAAUCAACCGAUCGGUGGCGAAAGAUAGCCGACAGGAUACCUGGAAAGUCCAUGGAAGAGGUUUUGUGUCAUUACGAUGCUCUAGUCCACGAUGUUCAGGAGAUCGACUCUGGUCGGAUCGACUUGCCGAAUUACUCUGAUGACUCGGAGUGGGGAGAGAACGAGUCCAAGUUAGGCCAGAUCUCGUUCGGGUCCACUAUGGGAAUUAGGUCUAAGAACACAGAUGUGGAGAGGAAGAAAGGAACACCAUGGACAGAAGAAGAACACAGGUUAUUUCUAGUUGGUCUUCAGAAAUAUGGAAAAGGAGAUUGGAGAAGCAUUUCUAGGAACGUAGUGGUAACAAGAACUCCAACACAAGUGGCUAGCCAUGCCCAGAAAUAUUACCUUCGCCAGAACUCGGUAAGGAAGGAGAGGAAAAGGUCAAGCAUUCAUGAUAUCACCAGUACCACUGCUUCUUCUGCAGAUACUUCUUCUUCAUCGAUGGCCGGGUAUAUUCAAGAUUACAGUUAUGAAAUGUAGGGGGUACAAUAUACAGGAUUACAG